GGGGGGCCCGGACGGAGCUUCUGGAGAGGUGCAGCUGAGGGCACAGCCCGGAGGGCCCCACGUGAGGGUGUUCUCAGGGGGCCCAGAGAGGAGGUGGGAGCCCCGGUCUUACAGCCACCACCCGAGGCACAUGCCUGCCUUUCGCCUGGUCCUCCCCCUCCCCGGGGAGGCAUCCUGGGGCGGGGGCGGGUGGCGGCUGUCUGGAUGGAGGCCAGCGCUGGCCAGUACCGUUGCCGGGACACCGAGGGCCUUUGUCGCUGUCAACAAUGGCCCCACAGGCCUUCCAGGCGUGAGCCCCUGGGGACCCAGAGGCAGACAUGCAGACCCUGGCGUGGCAGCGGCCCGAGGCUGCCCGGCCCUACGUCCCCCAGGGGACCCUGGAAGUGGCAUUCCCAGCACCUCUGUACAGCGAUGACUGCCUGUCCCUGGAGGGGCCCCGCUGGACACCGGCCAUCAAGCAGGCCACACGCUGGAAGUACACGCCCCUGGGGCGUGACGCAGCUGGCCAGCUGUGGUCCACCGGCCUAACCACCUCAGACCCCCGUGAGGCCUGGUACACGUUCCCGCGGGCCCCGGACAGCCCCUACCGGGAGGCCCACGGCCACCAGCACAGAUGUCACAGCUGCCGGGAGCGAAGCAUGCCCUCGGCCUGUACCCAGCACCUCCGAGAGACCGCCUGGUACGACCCUGUCCUCCCUGCCCAGUCCAGGAACCCCGGCACACGGUGGGGGAGCACGCUGUGGAGGGACAGACUCAUCCGGGGCAAGGAGUACGUGGUCGACAGGCACCAAUACCGGGUGGAGCCACCGUGGCGGUCGGACCACGUGCCGUACCUGUCGGUGCCGCGGCGGCCGUGCUAUGCCACCCAGAGCUACCGGCGGUGGAGCCUGGAGCCUUCCCACCCCUCCGCCAACCAGUGGCCCCCGCCCGCCCACCUGUCCGUCUGCUGAUAAAGGUCACGCUGCCAGCACCGCCCCUGCAGCGACCCCUGUGCCUCUGACACCACCCCACCCCCCCGACCCUGUGCAUCUCUCCACUUCUGGGGCCUGGGAGGGUCUCGGGUGGCCAGGCGGCCAGAUAAAGGCAGCUACUAACCGAGACCCUGGCGACCAGAACUCUGGGACGAAGGCAGAUGGACCCUGGAGGCGCCGGCUGCCCCCUCCCCACUCUGGGCCCCGGGCAGACAGCUGAGGCCACAGUCCUCACCCCUGGGUGGCUUUUUAUUCAUAGCCAGUCGUGUCCUUGGGCACAGGGUUGUGGGACUGGGUCCCCUCCAACCCCCAAGCCUGAGGCUCCCAUCAGGCCCAGUGACGACACCGUUCGUCCAGGGACCCGGCAGCACCUAGGAAACCCCGACCGAGCCUGGGGUGACGGGUGAGCUGGGCGCUCCCCUGGAUCCCAGAGGGUCAAGCUCAGAGUCUGGGCUGCUGACCGCCUGCCCUCACCUGCCGCCCUCACAGCCGGGUGAGGAUGGGGGGCAGGGAUGGGAGCAGGGCAUGGCCUGUAGAGUUCAUGUGCACAGGACCGCGACCGUGGGGGGACGGUGUCAGGGUUAGGCUCCGGGGUCCCCUGCAAGAGAAAGGGAUGAGGGUAGUCAGUGAGGCCGGAGCCUGCCGGGGGCCCAGCCCCGCCGCCCAUGGUCAAGGGUGGGGCGUGGCCCCGACUCACAGCUCCGCAGGCGGAUGGGCCAGAUCAGGAGACUGCACAGACAGAGGGUGGCGGCCACGCCCACGCCACCAGUCACAGCCACCAUCACCCAGUGGUAGAAGCCUACGCAGGCCCGGCAGCAGAGCUCCAAGCUAGGGGUGGGGCAGAAGCAGGUGAGCUGACAUCCCUCAGGACCCGUCAGCCUGGGCCUCCCGCUCAGCCGUCGGGUAGCCGGAACCGGAGAGCCACCCUCAGCACCCCAGCGCCCCCUCACCCGGCUGGGCUGCCACAGCCCCCUGCUCCCGGUUGUGCCAACAGCAGCCACCAGAGGGCUCCCACCUGCCUCGGCCCCCAAGGCCCUGCACACCUGCACUGCCCCCUCCCUGCCCCCCUCCUCCUCCUGUCGCCCUCACUUCCUCUGCUCCAGCCACACAGGCCUCCUCUUUGCUGUUCCUCCCCGUUUACCUGGGACUCCCUGACGGCCACCGAGUCUCAGGUCCAGUGUCCUCUCCUCAAGGAAGCCCACCCUGACCUCUUGCCCCAGUCAGGCUCCCACAAGUGGGGUUUCCUACACACCUCGCCUUGGUCUGGAUCGCGCAGCUAUGUGCUUGUUAAAGUGGCUGGCGUUGCCCCCAGGUCCAUGAGGACGGGAACAGACCGCCCUGGGUCCCAGAGCCCAGACUUCUACAAGGCUCAGCCUCAGUGCUCUAGAACCACCGGGGUCUGGAACCUUACAGGUUCUCAGGGCCUGAACAAGACUCUGGCUUUGCCCCAGCCCUGCCCACGGCCCCGGUACGUCCGAAUGCUGUGUCCUCGGCGCACAGCAGACCCCGCGUUUGCUUCCUAAGUAAGCCAAGUGCCGGAGGUAAGGAACAGCCAGGCGUCCCCCCCCUGUGAGAACCCGCCAGCGUGCCGCCUCGGGCCCAGGCUGAGUCCCCAGACCCCGGGCAGUGCCUGGCACUCGGCACGUCUUACUAAGCGAGGAAGUGAGCAGCACUCACGAGCAGGGAUGCAGGCUCUGGAUGGCCAUGACCGCCAGCCCGUUGGCCACCUUAUCCGAGAAGCUCAUGGCACCAUACACAAAGGCUCCGCUGUGCUGGGGGACACGGGCAGGCAGGUCACAGCCGACCCCGGUCCCCCAACCCCCCACCCGGUCCACACCAUCAGCCUUACCGUGUGGGGGCCGAUGAGGUCGGCCGUCAUGGCCAGCGAGGUGACGAGGAUCGUGGCACAGCCCGUGCCCAGCAGCACGGCGGCCACGUACACGGCCACGCCGAGCCUGUCUGCCAGCGCCACCCAGGCGGCGAAGGCCAGGAUCACCAGGAGGCCCGCGAAGUAGGUCAGCUGUGGAGGAGUGGGCCCAGGUCAGGCCCGCCCCGCCCUUGCCGGGCGGCACCCACCCCUCUGCCCUUCCGUACCUCCGGGCCCGGCCGCAGCCUGGAGGGGCGAGGGGAGCCAUCCCUACGGGGCCCCUGGCUCGGACCCCACAAGACUCGGGGGCCUGGGGUCUGCAGCGCCACAGAGCCCGCACCGCGGGGCCACAGCCGCGCCCGAGUCCAUUAAAGUUAAACCGAGUGAAACGUUCA